AGCGGCUCUGUUGGAUUGAGUUUAUUUUCAAUAUGAUGGCUGAAACCAGUGUAUGCUGUUUAUCACUUGUACUAAUGUUCACCGCAGCAGAGAGUUUCAACAUUGACACAGUCCGUAGCUGGAGCUACAAAAGUGACAGUAAUUCUCUCUUUGGGCAGAAGGUGAUUCAAUAUCAAUAUGGAGAUGAAAAAGGAGUUUAUGUGAGUUCUCCUCUAAAAGACAUUGAAAAACGAAUAUUUGAUGGAAUCUAUAAAUGUAAAACGAAUCAAAGAAAAGCAGCCUUGGAUUGUAAACUGACGCAUCCUUUUCAAGGAGAAAUGCAGAUGCCUGGAACAGUGCCAUAUCCAAUUGUGUCCAUGGCCAGAAAUUCAGAUAACAUAUUGGUCUGCCAACAGAUGAAGGGACGUAAGGCUAGGAGCACUGCUGGUGAAUUAAAUGGUGUCUGUUCACUGCUUGUGAAAGGCAUCAUCAAUCAAACUUAUCCUGAUCUUACGAAAAUUGUGCAAAACAGUUUAGUGAUGGAGAACAAAAAUAACAACAAUAAUUUUGGCACAGAGGAGCCUUUAACAGUUAGGGGUAGAUACGUGUUUGAGGACAAAGCUGAGCUAUUUGCUGAUGAAAACACAAACAAUAACAACAACGUGGAAGAUGAAGAAGAAGGAACAGAGAUGGCAAUAGUCCUGGAUGGUUCAGGGAGUAUAGAACCACACGAUUUCCAAAAAGCAAAGGAUUUUAUUUUCAACAUGAUGAAAAAGUUCUGGGAGAGGUGCAUAGAGUGUGACUUUGCGGUAGUGCAGUAUGGUGAUGAAAUAAGGACAGAAUUUGAUCUGCUGGAGAGUCGUGAUGACAGCAACCGCGUUUUACAAAAGGUUCAACAAAUAAAGCAAGUGGGGGAUGUAACUAAGACAGCAUCUGCUCUGCAGCAUGUCCUUGAUAGCAUUUUCAGUGAAACUCAUGGUUCUAAGAAACAAGCCACCAAAAUAAUAUUGGUAUUGACAGACGGAGAUAUAUUCAUGGAUCCAAUGGAUUUAUCAACUGUCAUUCAUUCACCAAAGAUGAAAAAUAUUGAACGUUAUGUAAUUGGGGUAGGGGAAGCAUUUAAUAAGACAAGUGCCUUAAAUGAGCUGAAACUUAUAGCAUCUGAGGGAGAGAAGCAUCUUAUCAGAGUGGAUGAUUAUUCAGCACUUGAUGGACUCCUCUUGUCCUUGCAGCAGAAGAUAAUUGGAAUAGAAGGUACUAAAGGGGAUAAACUAGAAUUUGACUUGGCAGAGACAGGUUUUUCUGUCCAUGUACAUGACAAGCAGUCCUUGGUGUUUGGUGCAGUUGGUUCCUAUGACUGGUCUGGGGGAAUGAUACUGUAUCUAUCAAACCAAGAGCCACACAAAGUAGAAUUUCUCAGUGAGCCCAAAGAUGAAUCACAUGGAUCCAAUUAUACUUACUUAGGGUACAGUGUAACCACGGCUCAGGGGAAGCAUUCAACUCUCUACAUUGCUGGUGCUCCACGUCAUUCCAAUGUUGGAAGAGUUCUAGUGUUUGAGAAAGAUAUUGCAACCUAUCGCUUGACUCAGAAAGAUCUAAAAGGAGAACAGCUUGGAUCCUACUUUGGUUUUGAAGUUUGCACUGUGGAUUUGGAGUCUGAUGGUAUUACUGAUUUCCUCCUGGUGGGGGCGCCAUUUUAUCAUGUCAAUGGAGAAGAAGGAAAGGUUUAUAUGUAUCAGUUAAACAACGAGGCCAGAUUUACACUAGUUCAGACACUAGAACAGCACCAUUAUGCAUUUGCCAGGUUUGGGUAUUCAAUAGCUAAUAUUGGUGACAUAAAUCUUGACGGAUACCAGGAUAUUGCCAUUGGAGCUCCUCUUGAGGGUCAUCUUGAAAGGCCUAAUUAUUUUGGAACUGUUUACAUUUACAACAGCAAUAAAAAUGGAAUCUCUGCUACCCCAUCGCAGCGGAUCAGAGCAACUAAUUUUCAAACAAAACUGCAGUACUUUGGCCAGUCCAUAGAUGGCGGUUUGGAUCUUACAGAUGAUGGGUAUCCUGAUAUAUCAGUGGGAGCGCUAGGAAGUGUCAUGGUGUUACGGUCACGUCCAGUUGUACAAUUGCAGGCUGUGGCAAAGUUCUACCCAGACAGAAUUCCUCUUAUUCUUACAGAUAAAAAAAUAAAUGCGAGCAUAUGCUUUAACAUAACACCCUUUAAAAUGAUAGAAAUAAACAAACCUUAUCUCCAUUACUCUUUGGACUUGGAUGUUGACAUGGUAGAAAAACGCAUCACUUUUGAAAAUGAGGAUUCAGGAAAAGGAAAACUUUUUUUGAUCGACAAUAAAUGUGCAACCCACGUUUUGACUGUACUGCCAUGUAUCUAUGACUGUUUCAGCAGCAUCAAAAUUAAGAUUUCUUAUGAACUAAGCUCAGACCUAAACAGGGACCUUCCAGCACCCAUACUGGAUAUAAACGAUCACAUUCAUACGUAUGCUGAGCUUCCUUAUGAAAGGGACUGCAAUAAUAAAACCAGCUGUGUUCCUAACUUACAUCUAAUCAUGAAUGUCUCAGGCGAGGAGCUCAUAGUUGGAUUAACUAAAGAACUGACUUUGAAUCUCAUCCUAAGUAACUCUGGGGAUGACUCGUAUAUGACAACUGUGCUAAUAACACACCCCAGGAACCUGCAUUUCAAAAUGAUUAAAAGGCCAGAUUAUCCAAGCAUUAAGUGCUCUGAUACUAAAACACUUCUGCCAUAUGACUCAUUAAUGAAAUGUAACAUUGGACAUCCUGUUUUCAAAGCGUCUACUGCGACAUUUUCUAUUAUCUGGGAACUUGAAGAAAUUACGUUUCCUAGACAACAAGCAAUAAUUAAUGUUAAUGUUACCAACAUUAAUACAAUUUCAAGCACUCUGUUCCAACAGUCCGUGCUUCCUGUGAAACACUCCUUUAAUGCUGUCCUCUCUGUACCAACACCGACCAUUUAUGUUAAACUGGGUGAAAAACCAAUGCAAGAUGAAGAUAUUCAGUAUAUCUUCAAUGUUAAUGUAGACAAUCUGUUUGAAGCAGACUUGUCCCUGGAUCUCCAAAUUCCAGUUAAACUUAAAGAUUCCGAUGUUGCAUCAGUAAAACACAUCCAGCAGAGUCAGAAUUUCACCCAAUGUAGAGAACAAAUACAGCCCUGCAAAGCUGGAAAACAGGGUAAAGAUUUAUUGUGCCAUGUUAUCCGGUGCCCUAUCACUGGUGGACUGGAGGAUAUCACUGUCACCACACAGCUUUUUCUACAGACUAUCAAACAGCUGGUGGAGAACACAGAAGAGUUUGUGAUUACUGGUGAAAUUUUUUACAACAAAGACUUAUUCGUAAAUUUGCAGAAUAUGCAUCAGAAAACAUGCAUAUCAGUCAAGUUUCUUCAGGACAAAGUUAUAAAUAUCUUGCCUGUCGUUAUUGGUAGUUCCAUUGGAGGCAUCCUUCUUCUGCUUUUUAUUGUUGUAAUUCUUUUCAAGUGUGGAUUCUUUAAAAGAAAAUACAAAAAUUGUGAUGGACAACAAGAGCAAAGUAACAUCCAGAGAUAAAUGGAAUAAGGACCAUUUAAUAAAAAGUUAAAAAUAUAAAGAAAUGCAAGCACAUCAAGAAUGCAUUUAAAUUAUAUCGUAGA